AUGCCUUCCAUCCACACCUUCACCAUCAAAGAAAAGGGCGGCAGCGAGAUCAACUAUGACGACGACCACGAGAUGCCCGACUACUCUGGCCUCCCCACCUACCGCGAUGCGGAUGAGGGAGAUGAAGAUACCGAUAUGGGUCUCUUCGGCUAUAGAGGCCUUAGACAACGUCAGCAGGCCGCACGCAGACAAGUCAUUGAGGAGGAAGCGGAGAUGGAGGAGCACGAGGAAGAUUAUGAGGGAGCGGGAGAGGAAGACGAAGAAGAUGAGGACGACAACGACUCCACCUUCCGCCUAGAAGGCUACGAAGACCUCGACGACGCCAACGCCGUCCCCUCUGGUGCCGAGCCCUCUGACAGCGACUACGCCGCCAACGAUGAAUCCGACUCGGACAACGAUGAAAACAACAGCAAGACCAAGAAUUCCAACCGCAGUAGGGAUUCCACCAUGCCUCCACCGGCAAAGAAAACCCGUCCCGCCCACUUUUCCCGCAGCAUCACUGCCGCCCGUCGCGCCGCCCUUCGCACCGAGGUCAAUGCCGCGCACUCAUUCCUCCUGCACGAAUCUCCAUCCGGCUCUGCAUUCGCCACUCCCACCCGUCGCGGCCGCACCAGCCUAACCGCCACCCGAGGAGCAGGAGGAGGAGGAGAAGCAGGAAGUGUCCGGUCCGCCACGCCCAUGGGCCUCACGUACAACAAAAAGAUCACCGCAGAACUAGACUCGGACGACGACCUCAUCAUGAACAUGCGCAGCGCGGGCUACACGGACGCGCAGAUUGCCACGCGCCUCACGCGCGAAGGCCGGCACACAUUCAACGCCAAGUCCAUCUCGACGCGCAUCGGGCGCAUCAAGUACGCGCAGUACGCGCAGUCGGAUUACCUGCUCAAGGAAGGGUACAAGGAGUGGACGCACGAGGACGACCUGCGGCUGAUGCAGGCGUACGAGUUCGCCGAGAUGGAGAUACGGUACGAGAUUGAGAAGGCCAGGGCGUGGCGGUGGAGGAAGGUGAGUGAGUUUCUGAGACGCAUGGAUGCGGAGUGUAUUUUUAGUGAGAAGGCGUGUCGGGAGCGGUUUAUUGCGUUGGAGGAGGGGACGGCGAAGAUUCCCAUUGAUGAGGAUGAUGAUCCGGAGGCUAGGCGGAAGGAGAUGGAGGAGUAUAGGGAGGGUAGGGAGAGGGCGAGGCUGGAGGAGGAAAAUAAAAAGAGGCAGGAAGAGGAUUUAAAGAAGAGAAUCAAGGAAGAGGCCAAGCUGAGAAGUAGCGAGAAGGCGGAGGCUCUGGCGAAGAAGCGGGAGGCGAGGCAGAAGGAGAAGGCGCAGAAGGCGAGGCAGAAGGCGGCAAAGACUCAGAUGUGGUUGGCAAGGGUGGAGGAGAAUGCCGAGCAGAAAGAAAGGAGAGCCGAGGAGUUGCGCCAGAAGAAGAGGGAGGAGAAGAUCAAGGAAGAGCUGGCGCUGCUGAGCCGGAAUAAGAAUGCGCAUGUGCCGUUGACGUUUGUGGCGGAUUUGAAAAAUGUGACGGCUGAGACGCCGGAUCCCAGGAUCUUCCUGGAUUUGAAGGACCUGAAGCAUCUCUGCAAGGAGAGAAAUCUCAAUGACGAGGGGAGCAGCAAGGAAGAGUUAGUGAAGAGCCUGAGGGAUGCGGACGACUUGAGGCCGCUGGCGGAGCUUAAGAAGAUGUGCAGGAUGCGGGGGCUGAAUACCGCCGGCACGAAGAUGCAGCAGAAGUAUCAACUGGCGUUAGCGGAGGCGAAGAAGUAUCCUUCGUUCCUGAAAAACACGUCAAGGGAUCAGGUGGAGGAUGAUGCAGAUGAAGAGUGAGUGACUUUCCUCGCUCCGGCAUAUGCACAUGAUUUGGAAUGGGAAACACCCCUGGAAAACGGCAACCGUUUGAGUGACGGUAACGGUUUUCAACAUGCCAUACCUAGAGGCAAUGUGUGCUAUGGCGGUAUGAAGGCGAGCUCUGAUGGUAGUGGAGAUCAAUCGCAAAUGAGGAAAUGACAAACUGGC